AUGGAAAUUAUAAAAUGGAAAGAAUAUUUCCUUUACUUCUUUAAUAGAUGUCAAAAUGAGUAUAUGUUAUUUAUGAUUAUUAUUAUUGUGAAAUUUAUAUAUUAAUAGUAGAAACUUAGUCUCCAACAAAACCAUGUUGCAUUUUUUAAACUAAAGCAAUCUAAAGUGUUGAACCAUCAUUUAUACAAAUUAAAUUUUAAAUAUCAUCAUCUAGAAUUUAUAUUGUUAAAGUUUUGA